AUGGAUCUGAUGAGCUCCCGAUUCAAAUCUUUUGGUUUUGGAUCAAAGCGCAAGACUGCCACCCGGCCAAAUCCAACAACUGCAGCAAACAUCAACGCCAGCAACAACAACAACAACAACGGCGUUGCCACCCCUUCCCCGCCUCCUGUCGCAAACAACUCUACCGCCAGCCUUCCGAUGAAUAAUCCUAAUCAGCUGGGCCGACCGCCAAGCUACACAUAUAACGCUGGUGGGCGGCCUGCGAGCCCUCUGCCCCCAGCACAGCAAUUGGCACACUCUCCCCCGCCGAUCAACACUGGAGUUCCCUACCCACAGUCUAGCGGCCCAAUAGCUUCCCCCCCUCAACCACCAGGAUAUGGGGGCUACCCUCCUCAUGCUGCUCCUCAUGCCAUGCAGCAGUCGAUUCCUACCUACGGACGCGCGCACAAUACCGGUGAGCUUGAUGCAACGGGUCGAAGCAAAGCCCAGCUCAUCGUAGGAAUCGACUUUGGCACAACAUUCUCGGGCGUCGCAUUCGCAUUUGUUACCAAUACGGAGGCACGCGAAGAUAUCAUCACCGAAUGGCCUGGUGCUGGAGCUCAUGCAAAACAAAAGAUCCCCACUGUGCUCUAUUACGACCAGUAUCAGAAAGUGGUUGGGUGGGGUCCAGAUAUCGCUGAUGCACUUGCUCCAACUGGUUACCCGAAGCAAGGUGUUCAGAAAGUAGAGUGGUUCAAAUUACAGCUAAUGCUUUCUGGAAACACCUACAUUGACCCGAUCAAUCUUCCUCCUCUCCCUCCUGGCAAGUCAGAAAUCGAUGUUGCCGCAGACUACCUCUUCAAGUUGCGUGGUGCAAUGCGAAAUCAACUGCAGAAGACUUUGGGUGAAGUGUUCAAUCGUGAAGAGCGGAAUAUUCGGUAUUUCCUGACUGUUCCGGCCAUAUGGAAUGAUGCUGGCAAGGCUGCAACUCGCGCUGCCGCCAUUCAAGCAGGAUUUUUACGGGAUGAAAAUGACAAUCGUCUAACAUUGAUUACGGAACCGGAGGCAGCUGCCAUGUUUUGUGCCAAAGCCGGCUUACUUAGCCUUAAGAUUCAUGAUGCCAUUUUGAUUGUUGACUGUGGCGGUGGAACUGUAGAUUUGAUCGCAUAUGAGGUGGAAGAAGAAACACCUUUCACAGUGGCCGAGUGCACUGCUGGAUCUGGCGAUUCAUGUGGAUCGACGGCACUUAACCGCAAUUUCAGCAACAUUCUACGGGCAAAGAUUAGAAAAAUGAAGCUUCCUGAUGGCUCGAGGACUGCGGGGAGAGUAUAUGCUAAAUGUAUUAUGGAUUUCGAGAACCGAAUCAAAGCCGACUUUCGGAAUAACGGCCAGAAAUGGGCUGUGGAUGUAGGGAUUGAAGCUGAUUUCCCUGAGGCUGGCAUUGAAGAGGGGUAUAUGACUUUUACGAAUGAAGAAAUUCUUCAGUGUUUUGAGCCCGUCGUGAACAGGAUUCUUGAACUUGUGCGGAAUCAGAUCAUCGCCAUUCAGGCACAAAACAGGGCACUCCAGAAUGUACUUGUUGUUGGCGGUUUUGGUGCUUCUGAAUAUCUAUUCCAACAAAUUAAGCUUCAUGUCCCUCCUCAAUUCCAGUCCAAAGUGGUUCGUCCAAUGGACUCCGUGUCGGCUAUUGUUAAAGGUGCUGUCACUGCUGGAAUCACUGAGCGAGUAGUUACCUCCCGUGUCGCUCGUCGCCACUAUUUGAUGGCCACUCUACAACCGUUUAAGGAGGGCCACCACCCAGAGCAAUACCGCGUCCCUAGUCUUGAUGGCAAAGAUAGAUGCAAAUAUACUCGGCAAAUAUUUGUGCAAAAGGGGGAGCGCAUCAAAAUUGGGGAACCUGUCAAAGUCAGCUUCUUCCGUCAGGUCGCCCCCGGCGCGACAUUGAUGUACGAGGAUAUUUUGUAUGCUUGCGAUGAAGAUGUUUGUCCAGAGUAUACAAAGGACCCACGAAUUAAGGAAGUUGUUACACUAACCUCUGACCUGUCCAGAAAGAAUCUAGAGAAGGACUUUGAGCGAAUGGAUACGCCACAAGGAACCUUCUAUCGCGUUUACUUCGACAUAUAUCUCACACUUGAUGGAAGCGAGUUCAAUGCGGAACUUGUCUGUCAAGGUGAGGUCAUGGGACGAUGCUCAGCAAGAUUCAGAUAG